CACAGUCCGGACUUGUUUCGUGGGGUUUUACGCAAAAUGUGAUUUGUUUUUCCAGGACUCAAUGAUUCGGAAACGGUUUGUAUCGACCUUGAAAAACUGUGACCUCAAUUAUGACAGCUGUUUUAGUUAAUUACUCACCAGGUUUCAGUUUAUCGAGCGCAACAAGAAAACAAGUCGCCAUGUCAUCGCAAGACGAUAUGGAUGCGAAAGAGCACGCCGAUAGAAUGGCGGCCGCGGAAGCGCUGGGCGCGUUGUCCUCGGUUGCCGUGGUAAACCAUGCGGGGAACCCCCUCACCCACACAAAACGGACUUCUAAUCGUACUAGUAAUUCCAAGAGUGUGGAGAAUGGUAAAACAAGACGGAAAUCGAAACGCGGUGACGCGGAACACGAAACUGUUAAAUCUAGGUCACGGGUGAAACCGCCCAAGACUGCCAACAGCGACAAGCCAAAACGAACGACGCAAAAAGAAAGUAGAUCCGCUUCCCCAAAACCAGGGGCGGCCGGUGAUAGGACAAAAAAAGCUAGAAAAACCGGAACUAAGAGUUCCACACGUGGAGAUAAUAUUGAUGAACUUAAAGCACCCAGUGACACCAGUAAGCAAACAGUGUUUGAAAUACCUUCAUUAAGUACUUUUGAUACGGGUCAGUUUUUAAAGGUUCCCGCCCAGCCCAUCAUUCCAUCCCUUCCCAGCAUCCCUUCCCUUGUUUUACAGUCGUUCACCGUUCCCAGUUUGAGUUCUCUGCCGACUCUUCGGAGUUUGACUUUUUUAAACGAUAUCGAAGCUGGACCAGGAAACUUUAAAUCGAUUUCCGACACAGCGAGAGCCGAUGGCGCCAGUGCAACGGCGACAGAGACCACCAGCAAGACGGACAAGUUCCUCCCAUUCAAGAAACGUCGACUCGUUACCGGUGACAACCCAAGAGACUCGAGUCCGACUCCACAUUCCAACAGUAAUGGCGGUGGCGAACAUCAGGAUAUCCAGUCGGAGAAAAAAGAUUCUCCAUCAAGUACAACUGACCAGCGAGUUUCAGCGUUCCCGGAACACCUUCCUGCCGCAACUCAGCAACAGCUGUGGAGGGAAAUCAAUGCAGUUAUCUCCCCUGAUGAAGAUGGUGACCUUCCUCUACAUCUGGCCGUGGUUCAUGAGCACCGGCCUCUGGUGGAGAAGUUCAUCAAGUUGAUGAGGAUCGCGCGCAAAACGGUCGACAAGUUCAACAAGGACAAACAGACUCCCCUCCACCUGGCCGUGAAACUGGACCUGGUGUGGGCAGUCCAGUCUCUGCUGGAGGCUGGAGCAGAUGUGAACUUGGUGGACAAGACGGGCUGUACAUCCCUCCAUCUGGCCGUGAAGCACCGGCUCAAACAAUGCCUCAGCUGUCUCUGUCAGUUCAGUGGCAGCGUGAAAAUGGAUCUUAACACGCGCAACUUUGAUGGUCUGACCCCUCUGCACACGGCGGUGGAGAAUCGAGACGUCGAGAUGGUUCGUCUGUUGCUGGAAAAUGGCGCCAACGUCGACCUGCCGGAUGGUAAGAGUGGUCGCACGGCUCUGUUCCACGCGGCCGAGAACAACCAACUCGACAUUGCCGAACUGUUCCUCCAGCGAGGCGCGAACCCGGCGCUGCCAAACUACGCAGGAAUCACCGCGGUGAUGUCCAGUCAGGCGCGGAACCUGACAACCAUGUCAAAAAAGCUGAGCGCCGCACUGGACGACGGGGACAGUCGGAGUAAUUCCCCCUCGCCCAUCCGAGAACCACUCAACCAGAACGAGUCUGCCAGUCGGGAGGUUGACUGUGUAUUGCUUCCUGACCCGGCAUUCAAGGCAGGGCGGAUGUGGAAGCACCCUAUUCCACUGAGAAACCCGGCAACCUCGAGAAAAUGCACCGAAGACCAGGACUCGCCAAAAGACCUGUCUGUCACUCGAAGAACAAACAAAGAAACUGACUUUCCGAAAUACUCGUCUGAUAAACAAAAAGAUAUUAACGACAGAGACUCACCAACGAAGGCCUCAGUUACCCAGAGAAACAACCAGGUUAAUAGAGACUCGUGCACUCCACCAACCAGUGAGAUGGAGUGGAGAUCCAAUGCAAGGGAGAUGAUCUCCAUCUCAGAGAAAGCGUUUGUUCAAGGUCAAGGUCAAGGUCAUGCAGUUGCCAGUCGACAAGCACAAAGUUCUAACUCAUCAGCUGGAUUAACGUCUGCACCAAGAGGUCAAGGUCAUGAGGAUAUGGAGAUAGACGAGUCCAUUCCAAGACCUCAGGUCCGGCCUGAAGGUCAUCGUCAAGGUCAGACUGCAACUCAUUCAGAACCUAGACUAGAAGCUGAGUUAGCUUGUGUUGAGAUUGACGACGAGGUUAUGGUAGUGGAAUCCGGUGAGAAAACACACAAUAUUCCUUCUGUUCCAGCUCCUGGUACAGCUGAUACUGUUGUAGGUACAGGCCAUAGUACACCUCGUAUAGCUCCCGGUACACCUGGUAUAGCUUCUGGUACACCAGGUAUAGCAUCUAGUACACCAGGUAUAGCAUCUAGUACACUUGGUGUAGCAUCUAGUACACCUGGUGUAGUUUCUGGUAUAGCAUCUAGUACACCAGAUAUAACAUCUAGUACACCGGGUAUAGCAUCUAGUACACCUGAUAUGGGUCCUGGUGUAGCAUCUAGUACACCUGGUGUAGGCCCUGGCUCAGCUGUGACUAAAAUUCCAUUUCCUAUUAACAUGGAAAACAUUCACCAGAUCCUGAGGAUGAUCCAACUCCAGGACCCAGUCGGCUUCCAGACUCUUAUGCAAGGCAGAAAGUCUCAGUCGCCGUCACAUUCCAGUACCACAGAGUCUUCAAGACCGGCAGGUUCACAGUCAACAGAGUCCAGUUCCACCUCGCAUCAUCCUCAGAAAUUCCAAAACCAUCAACAAUUCCAGCCACCUCUGCCACAGGUGUUCUCACAGCAAUCAAGCAUUCCAGUGUCGUUGUCGGUGUGUUCGACGGGUGAUGUUUCAAAAUCCUCGUCAACAGCAGUUGUUUCUUCACAUUCUGUAGGUUCAGCACUAAGUGUUUCCAGUGUUGUGUCGGAGACACAGAGAGAUGCGAGUGGAGCAUCCAGUUCUCGGAGGCUAAUCAUAGUGGAGGCCAAUGAGGAGCGAGCUCACAUAGUGGUAGCCAAUCAACAACAAGGUCUUAGUCAAGCUGAUGUCGGAGAGAUCAUUCAGAAAAGACCGCAAGUUGCCAGUCCACAGCAAACCAGUGUUACUGAUACAUAUGCCGUUGUACAGGACGAUGUUGGUUCAACAACUGCACAAGACCUGCGUGUCUUAAAGCGAUCGGACAGUAUGCAGGUGAUGAAGCAGAUGUUACGGAAAAAAGUACUUAAAUCUUUACCCUCCAAGGGACAUAACUCCGAGAUUCCUAAAGCAACCCCUGUGGCUAAUCCAAUUCCUAAUAUGGAAAAGAUUGUCAAAGACUUUCCACCUAGUUCUGUAGCCCCUGCUUCUGUAGGUCAGCAUUCUGGUGGCACACAGUUGUUUGUUCUCACACCGAGACAGCCACAAGCGAUGGCAAAAGCUGCAAGUGACAUGGAGGUAGAGAGGGAAGAGUCGUCUCCCCUGCCAUCUCACCCGACGUCCAGCAUGGACAAAGAGGUGAUGUUGGAGCUGUACAGAGAGUCAUCGUCACCGGUCAGCGUUCUCGCAGCUGCUGCUGCUGUUCAAGCCUCGUCUCCUAGCAACCGAAGUUCGUCUCCUAGCAACCGAAGUUCAUCUCCAGCACCUUCUAAUGUUCAUCAGAAUAAGACGAAAACCGCGACAGAGUACCCCUGCAUAAAGCAGCAACUUUCGGCAUUAAAUUAUAUACUUCCUUCACCCUUAACCAGACAACCUUCACCUUUAAGCCAACAACCUUCACCUUUAAUCAGACAACCUUCACCUUUAAGCCAACAGCCUUCACCCUCAAGUCGACCACCUUCAUCAAGCCAGCAACCUUCACCUUCAAGCCGGCAACCUUCACCUUCAAGCCGGCAACCUUCACCUUUAAGCCAGCAACCUUCACCUUCAAGUCAACAACCUUCACCUUUAAGUCAGCAGCCAUCACCAUCACCUGUAAAACAACCAUCUUCAACUUCCAUCCCACAAUCAAGUCAAUAACCUUAACCUUUUAGUAUAUCAAAGGCCGUAGUAUGUGCUAUUUUGUCUGUGGGAUGGUGCAUAUAAAAGAUCCCUUCCUACUAAUGAAAAAAUGUAGUGGGUUUCCUCUCUAAGACUAUUUGUCAAAAUGACCAAAUGUUUGACAUCCAAUAGCUGAUGAUUAACAAAUUAAUGUGCUCUAGUGGUGUUGUUAAACAAAACAAACUCUUUUUCUUUUGUUUAACCUUUUAUAACCUUCAAGUUCUGAGGCCCAUAGGAACAGUAUCUGGAGUGGAAUGGGGAUAACAAUCUAGUCGAGGGGGCACAUUCUCUAGUAGAGGGGGCACAGUCUCUAGUGUACGGGGUGGGGGGGGGGGGGGGCUCAAGUCAUAUUCUUAUCUUUAUUUAUAUAGAGUAGGACCAAAAAAAUAACAAUCUACAUUUGCAUCCUCCUACAGACUGGAAGCCUACCCUUGGUUUUUCACAUCAGAAUCUGUUUGGUGACCUUUACCUUCAACUGCGUAACCUUCACUUCAAAUCGGUGAUCUCCAUUAACCUUGAAGUUAGCGUUCUUCGCGUUCAGAAUAAUUUGUCUUGAAGUCGGUGACCUUUACCGUCAAAGUUAACGCCCUUCAACCCAGGUAUGCUUUUACUAUUAGUGAAAACGUAGACUGCAGAUUGUACAAGGUCAAGGAGAAAGUUCAGAUAAAUGUUAGUGGAGAUAUUAUAUUUCACAUCCGAUCGUGGUUUUCGCUGAUUCUGGAAUCAAGAACAAGAGGUUGGAUGUUUACACCAAAUUCGUUAUGUGAAGGCAACGUGAAUAUACAUAUAUCUGUGAUGGAGUAUCGUACGUGAUUAAUUAGCAGACAACCUUCACCUUUAAGCCAACAACCUUCUCCUUUAAACAGACAAUUUCGAGAGCUUUGCGGACAUUUAACGGUUGUGAUCUAUGAUCAACAGGCCUCGGUGGCGCAGUGGUUAAGCCAUCGGACUACAGGCUGGUAGGUACAGGGUUCGCAGUCCAGUACCGGCUCCAACCCAAAGCGAGUUCUUAAGGGCACAAUGGGUAUGUGUAAGCCCAGAUAGCUGAGGUGUGUACCCAGGACAUCGUGCUUGAACCUUAAUCGGAUAUAAGCACAAAAAUAAGUUGAAAUGAAAUGGAAAAAAAUGGUCUAUGAUCACUUUCAUAACCGUCCAAAAAUGUCCGUCUAGUUCUCGAACGACGGGGUACUCGGGGUAGUGAAUAAUAUAAGGACUCCAAAACCCCCACAUUUCACACUUCAUCCAGAUUAAUGUCCACAGUUAUUACUUGCUGUUAUUUGGCAUUGCAUUUGAUAUUGUACACAGUUGUAAAUAAUGACUGUUACUAAUAUAUUUGAGUGACAAUGUUUCAGGUUUGUUCGACCACCGGUUGUUUACAUGUGUGCGUGCUUUGCUGUGUGUGCAUUCAUGUGCCCUUUUAUAUAUCUGGAAAACAACCACAGCCAGUAUAAAACUGACCAAUGAAAUGGGUUGUAAGUAACCGGCAUCAGGUGGGAGGGGGAGGGGGUCAUCAUGCGAUGGUUCCUUGAAAAUAUUUUGUCUUCUUUUUUUCUAUAUAUACAUGUAUAUACUAGAAA